GUGUGUGUGUGUCGUUUUGUGUGUGUGUUUUGUUUCGGGUCUAGCCCUAUAAAUAACAUUGGGUCUGAGCCGGUCCGGUCCGGUGGUGGUCGCUAAUUACGGCGAAACAUGAAAAUCUACGCAAAAACUAAAGCAACAACUCCAAGAGAGGCCCGGGCACGGGUAAUUAAUCAAUUUUCCGCUUGACCAAUAAGGAAGUUUCCAUAUCAUAAUUAAACCAAACAAACCAAAACAAAAACAAAGCCCGAAUAAAGCGAAAAUACAAAGAAAAGUAAAAGUUGAAACUGAAACUGAAGAGAACCCCAGACAUAUCUUAAAAUAUCAAAGCGUAAUCAUUAUAAAGAAGUUACCAUAAUCAUAUCAUAAUCCCCCAUGAUAUCAGAGCUGUGUAUGGACCAGGCCUCAGCCUAGAACCGCUCAAAGAACCAAGACUUUAACGAGGAUCCAGGGAUCAAGAGAAGCCCACACAAUGCUUAUCCGAGGAUUCCUUCUACUAGUGCUGCCCUCGAUCAUCCUAGGCAGUCGCUACAAUCAGCUGAAUUUGUAUGCGAAUGGAGGCGCAGGAAGUGGAUCGCCAUCCUCCCCAUCGGGGGGACAGUACCGGACAUCCACAGCAGCCCAGCAGAACGAGGUCUACUCCGUGGCGGACAGUCAGCCCAUGACGGAGGAUGGCUACAUGCCACCGAAUCAGCAUUUUCCGCACAACCCGCACAACCCCGAUCUGGACACGAAUCCCGCCCAGAGCACCUGCCAGACGGUGUGCGCCUGCAAGUGGAAGGGCGGCAAGCAGACGGUGGAGUGCAUCGAUCGGCACCUCAUCCAGAUACCCGAGCACAUCGACACGAACACGCAGGUGCUGGACAUGUCCGGCAACAAGCUGCAGACCCUCUCCAACGAGCAGUUCGUGCGGGCCAAUCUCCUCAAUCUGCAGAAGCUAUAUCUGCGCAACUGCAAGAUCGGGGAGAUCGAGAGGGAGACCUUCAAGGGGCUGACCAAUCUGGUGGAACUGGAUCUCUCACACAAUCUGCUGGUGACGGUGCCCAGCCUUGCUCUCGGCUACAUCUCCUCCCUCAGAGAGCUGACCCUGGCCUCCAAUCACAUCCACAAGAUCGAGAGCCAGGCCUUUGGGAACACGCCCUCGCUCCACAAGCUGGAUCUCUCCCACUGCGACAUUCAGACCAUCUCCGCUCAGGCAUUCAGCGGCCUGCAGGGACUCACCCUGCUCCGAUUGAAUGGCAACAAGUUGAGCGAGCUGCUGCCUAAGACCAUCGAGACAUUGAGUCGCCUCCAUGGCAUCGAGCUGCACGACAACCCCUGGCUCUGUGACUGCCGCCUGCGGGACACCAAGCUCUGGCUGAUGCAGCGCAACAUCCCCUAUCCAGUGGCUCCUGUGUGUUCCGGUGGACCCGAACGGAUCAUCGAUCGCAGCUUUGCCGAACUAAAUGUGGACGAGUUUGCCUGCCGCCCGGAGAUGCUGCCCAUCUCGCACUACGUGGAGGCGGCCAUGGGCGAGAAUGCAUCGAUCACCUGUCGGGCCAGAGCUGUGCCGGCAGCCAACAUCAACUGGUACUGGAAUGGGCGACUCCUGUCCAACAACAGCGCAUUCACGGCCUACCAGCGCAUCCACAUGUUCGAGCAGCUGGAAGGAGGCGGCGGAUUUGAGAAGCGAUCCCGUCUGGUGCUCACCAAUGCCCAGGAGACGGACUCCAGCGAGUUCUACUGCGUCGCGGAGAACAGGGCCGGUAGUGCCGAGGCGAACUUCACGCUCCACGUGAGCAUGAGGGCGGCUGGCAUGGCGUCCCUGGGCAGUGGACAGAUCGUUGGCCUGAGUGCGGCACUGGUGGCCCUCAUUGUGUUCGCCCUGGGCGUGAUAAUGUGCCUGUUGCUGCGCGUGAAGCGGCAGCCGUAUGUCGACAGCAAGACGCCCAACCACAUGGAGGUGAUCACCUCGGUGAACCACCAGAACUCCAUCACGAACAAGACGCAGCCGGUGACGGGAAAUGGCAGCAUCGGAGGCGUGGUCAUAGCCAAUGGGGCCGUGGCCAACUGCAUUGAUGGGGGCAUGAACCAGGCUGGCACUCUGGAGAGGAAGAGUAGCGGCCGCGGCUCACAUGCGGCCAGUCACGAGCGCAGUGCCAAUCCCGUCCAGAAGCCGCCUCGACUCACGGAUCUGCCCUACGCCACGCAUGCCUACGAAAAUGCCGGGAGUGUCCUCUCUACGGCUUCGUGCUUCAUCUCGCCGACCGGCUCCGGAAAUGGUGGCAACAAUCCCGAUCUGAUCAACGACACGAAGCGCUUUGGCAGCGACGAGUUUGCCGAUCUCAAGAUACCCGCUGUGGGCGGAGUUGGAGGCGGUGGCAGUGGGGAAUAUAGCCGCGCCAAUGGCUGCGACUCGCUCUACCCCUCGGGACUGUGGGAGCACGCUGCUCCGGCGGGCACCAGCUCGGCGGACGACCUCUUCAUGAAGCGCUACACGGACAAGACGCCCAUCAUCGACUCCAGUCAGCUGUACGAUCUGCACGAGCGCUCGGCGGCCACGGAUUACUUCAGCAAGACCUUUCCCAGAUCCCACCUGCAACAGGGAGCGGGAGGCGCUACUGCAGGCGGUACUGGGGGCGGGGGAGCUGCAUCGACCACAUCUACAGCCACGACAAAUCUUUCGGGAGGCUCCUCCUCCGGCUAUCCGAAUGACUACGGCCUGCCACUGGUGCCAGGAGCGGAGCACCAGCACAACCACCAGCUGCAGAUGCAUCCGCUGCAUCAGCUCCAGCAGCAGUUGACCUCCACCCUGAAUCACCAGCACGGAGCAGGGGGCAGUGCCGGCGGCUCCGCCGGCAGCAGUCCCCAUUUCAGCAGUCGCACCCUGCCACGCCUGCACGACGGCGGAGGCAACGGCCACAGCGGCAACAGUGCACGGUCCUCCCCCACACCGGCCAUGGCGGCGGUGCCCGGCUCCAGUUCCUGCUCAAUUCUGCCCAACGGGCAGCCCAUCAAUGCCAAGACGAUACGGGUGUGGCAGAAGGGAGGCGUGCCGGUGCUGCCACCCGUAACGGCACUGAAGCGGGCCCUGAUCAGCAGCAGUCGCAACUCCCCGGACGAGGGCUAUCAGGAGGGAUGCGGCACUGAUGUCUAGGCCGCAAUCCAAAGAGGCAGAGACAGAGACGGAGAUGGAGAUGGAGAUGUAGAUGGAGACGGAAACGGAAACGGAGACAGAGACCCACGCUGAGCCCGCUGAGAGUAUGGAAAUAAAAACCAAGAAAGAACUGACUAAACUUAA